AUGAAAAGUCAUUCAUAUUUUAUUUUAAUUAUUAGUCUUUUUCAAUUGAUAACAAUAUCAUAUUCACUUUAUUUUCACAUUGGUGAAACAGAACGAAAAUGUUUUAUAGAAGAAAUACCUGAUGAAACAUUAGUUAUUGGAAAAUAUAAAGUCGAAUUAUUUGAUGAAAAUACAAAAACAUAUCUUCCAUCAACACCUGGAAUUGGCAUGCAUGUAGAAGUUAAAGAUCCAGAUGAUAAAAUAGUCUUAUCAAAAUUAUAUACUAAUGAAGGACGUUUUACAUUUACAUCACACAUACCUGGUGAACAUAUUAUUUGCAUAUAUUCGAAUUCAAGUGCUUGGUUUAGUAAACAACAAUUACGUGUUCAUCUUGAUAUUGAUAUUGGUGAACAUGCUAUUGAUUAUCAACAAGUUGGUACACGUGAAAAACUUACUGAACUUCAAUUACGUGUUAGACAAUUAUUAGAUCAAGUACAACAGAUCACAAAAGAACAAAAUUAUCAACGUUAUCGUGAAGAACGUUUUCGUGCUACAAGCGAAUCAACAAAUCAACGUGUUUUAUGGUGGUCAUUAGCUCAAUUAAUUGUUUUAGUCAUAGCUGGAUUUUGGCAAAUGCGUCAUCUUAAAGGAUUUUUUGAAGCUAAAAAACUUGUUUAG